AUGUUCACAUUGAAAGAGACAGCUUCCUCAUCGCUGUCCCUACCAGCCGAUAAUUACAUUUACUCCCUUGUGCCGUCUGCGGCUGGCACCUUUGCUGCUAUCUCUUCCGAUGAUUCCUUGCGUGUCUUUGAUGCCGCUUAUCUUGAUCGCGUCGCGGUGAUCUCCCAGAAGUCACACGACGGAGGUGUCACUUCGUUGCGGACUUAUGCAGCGGGCGAGUCGCAGCUCUUGGCUACUGGUGGUCGCGAAGGCAAGGUAAAGUUAUGGGAUGUUCGAGCUGGAAAUGCAGUUCUUGAGGUAGAAACGACGAGAAAUGCCCCGGUGCUAUCUGUUGCAUGCAACCCAGAAACCAACACCAUUGUCGCGGGCACAGAGCUUCUUUCAUCACAAGCUGUUGUCGCAUUCUGGGAUAUCAGAUCUCCACAGGCACCCCGACUCCAAUAUGUGGAGAGCCACAAUGACGACGUCACAGAGCUUCAAUAUCACCCAACCCGCAGCAACAUCUUACUCUCUGGCAGCACAGACGGGCUUGUCAAUAUCUAUGAUACCACCGUGACAGACGAAGACGAUGCCCUGGUACAGGUCAUCAACCAUGGCUCGGUUCAUCAUGCUGGUUUCUUGUCCGAGAGUACCAUCUACGCUCUGAGCCACGAUGAGCAGUUCUCUAUCCACCCAGCCACUAACCCUGAUGAGCCUGGAGAGGCCCCGGAGCCAGUGGAUUUUGAUGACGUGCGAGAGCCGCUAGAUAUUGAGUAUGUGGUGCAGGUUUGCGUGGGUGGACAGGGACCGUAUAUCGCGGCUGGGAAUAAAAUUGACAAGCGACUGGAUUUGGUUCCACUGGUCUCUAGUCCCAGCUGGCAAUUUGACCACGAUAAUCUGUGGCGCCUUCCCGGUGCGCAUGGCGAUGAGGUUGUGCGAUCGGUAUACUUGGAUGAUCAAAGUCAAUCGGUCUUUACUUGUGGUGAGGACGGGUUCGUGCGAGUAUGGAAGCCUGAUGGGGAUGAUUCGCAGGCGCAGGCGCAGGCUGGAUCGGCAAAGAACUCACGAAAAGAGAAGAAACAGAAAGAUCGGUUCCGACCCUAUUAG